GAGAGAGAGAGAUUGAAAAUCAGGCAAAAAUACAAGUGUGAAGAUCACUGAUCAUGCACACAGUGCAAUUGAGAGAGAGAGAAAGAGAGGCAGUAAUGCUGGUAUAAAAUGGUAUUGAGGUGCUUAUAUGAAUUGGUAGAAAAAGAGAGAAGAAUGCCCAGAUAAAAGAAUGACGAUGGAGAGUGUGCAAUGUUAAUAAAGUGCAGUAUAAUUGUGGCAUUUCACCAUCAUCUGACUGUCUGAUGAUGGAGAGCUUCGCAUGAGCUUCCAAGAAGUGUUGGGAUAUCAUUGAAAGUUGACAUGACACGGUUUAAUUCGUGGUGAAUGGAUGCAUGAUGGAGAGGAUUAAGUGAAAGUGUAUUUUAGUUAGAUGCAAGAGCAAAUUUUUCGCGUGACAGAGAUGACAUCGACAUUUGGCGUGAGGCUUCACGAAGGCUCUCAAUAGUGGACAAAAUUCAUUGGCAAUCAAAGCGCACUUUUGACUGGCAGCAGCGGAAACACACUCUCUCUGGACUCUCAUUACCUCCUUAGCGUUCUUCAUCCACCCCUAUUUCUUCCGUGUGGUCUUCUCGCUGAAGGGAGACAUCAUCAUUUGGCCACUACAUUCAUGUCGAAGAAAAAGAUGCGCCGACGCUCCAGAAUGAAGACUCUGAAAAUUCUCCAUCCACUUGCUCAAGGUCAGAUCGUCGCAUUCAUCCUCCUGUAUCUCUGCUCGUGCUUCCUGGCGGAACCUGGCUAUCUGGACUUCGACAAUCUCCCGGAGACGAACUUCACGUGCGCCGGCAAGGUGAUUGGCGGCUACUAUGCGGAUCUGGAGACGUCCUGCCAGAUGUUCCAUGUGUGCACGAUUGGGCAGCUGGACGAGCCGAUGGACAUCAAGUUUCUCUGCCUCAACGGCACGGUGUUCGACCAGGAGACGCGCGUGUGCGAGCGAGUGGACGAAGUGGACUGCAGCAAGUCCGAGCGCUUCUACUACCUCAAUCUGGAGUUGUACGGCAACACGAUGGUGCCGGUGCCGGAGGAGAACGCCGAGGCGCCCAUCACGACGAGCUCCUCGAGCACCAGCACGACCACCACAACCACCACGACGCCGGCGCCGACGACCAGCAGCACGUCCACGACGCCGCAGCCCGUGAGCAGUAGCACGCGGCGGCCGUCCAGCACGUCGCAGGCGCCGUACAGGCCGCCGUACGUGUUCAACGCCACCAAGCCGGCGGGCUUUACCACACAGCACUAUCUGCCCAGCACGGCGGCGCCCACGCUGCCGCCGGACGAGGAGGACGCCGAUGAGGAGGAGUACGAGCUGUACGACGACGACUACUUCGUGACGGAGCGCGGCCCCACGAGUCCGCCGGCGGCGAACGCCUUCUCGCCGCAGCACUUCAUCUUCCAGCAGAAGGAGGAGAAGGCGAAGGGCGGCCAGGGCAAGCCGGCGAUCUCGUUUCAGCAGCAGCAAUUCGAGAAUGGCGGCUCGGUGCACAACUCGCACAUCACUGUCACCACGCACACGGCGACGCCGGACAAGCACAAGGUGCCGGCGUACGGGAAGAAUCGCGCAGUGACGCCGCCGCCCAGCAUCACCACGUCGCGGCCGCAGUACAAUCUGUACGGGCUGAACACGGCGCCAUCCGCCGCACAGCUACCAAAGAGAAUACCUCUGUUGCCCACUGCGCAGCACUCCCAGAGCAGCCCGCCCACGGGCCACGCCGGCUACCAGCCCGCGGCGCCGUUCCGUCUGCGCGCGCAGGGCUUCCAGCUGCCGGCGCAGCCGCGCCCCUUCGAGGGCUACCGCCGCCACAUGCCUCAGAUCCCUCUGCAUUUGCCAGCAUUUGAACAGAGGCGAGAUCACAAGGAGAUCCUGGGCUUCGAGGAUGCCGCCGAUGCGCUGAUCGCGCCGGCGGAGCGCAAGGAGCUGAAGCGGUCGGAUCCGCGCGGCGGGAGUCAGAACGCCACAGUGAGCGUGACGACGUCGAGCACGUCGAAGCAGCGCAGCGCGGCGCCGGCCAAGGGGCGCGACGCGGCGCCCAGUAGUAGUAUUAGUAGUAAUUUAAAGAAUACCCAUAGUCAAGCGUUCGACAGGGUCCUGCUGACGCCGCAGGAUCGCUACAUCUCGAGUCUGCCGAAAGUUGUGAUCUCUGCCAGCGCCUCCGUGAGCGACGGCAGCGGCAAGAAGCUCAAUUACUCAAUUGGGAGCAACGUGAAGAUCCCGCCGCCCUCGUAUGAUGACUAUCGCGAGGGGGACGUGAUCCUGGACCCGUUCUUCCUCGAUGUGCCCAAAAUCAAGCCUAGAAUUAAGCGCUUUGCCGAGCGAAGGAAACGAACUGUUGCGUGACUCGCGCGCCUAUUUAAUCCUCCUAAUCAAUAUCUCCCUCUCACUCUCUCUCUCUGUACAAUCUAAUGAGUCCAGCCGUGAAGCCCGAAGUGUCGUGAAAUUUGUGUGAAAAAAAACAUAUGAAGCGAAAAUUGUGUAAAUAAAAGAGAUUUACUGCGAA